AUGCGCCGUCCGAGCCGAUGGGAGAAGGCGGACGACGCGAGCGAUCCGGACGUUAGCGACGCGGAAGGAAGCGGCGAAGGAGCCGCAGCGGAGAGACGACGGUGGCGGAAAAGCGACGAGGGGAAGCAACAGCACGAGGAGGGGAAGCAAUCGCACGGUCGUAGCAGGCAAGGCCACACGGAUUCGCAUCAUACAUCCCGUCACCGUCACCACCACCACCACCACCAUCGCCAUAAGGACCGAUCCAGGCACACGCGUCGCCGGCACAACGAAUCGGACGACUACGAAUCGCCGGGAUCCGCGUCAGAUUACGAAGCUUCUCGCGACAAUGACGUGGCGGAAGGUCCUCCAACCGUCCCUUCUACAGCCGCUACAGCUGCUACAGCUACUUUCGCGACGCCAAUAGGCGGCAGCGGGGCUGCCUCCUUUCCUUACCGAAAGGACCGACAUUCCGCAAAUAGGUCUUCCGGAUCCGCGAAACGCGCGCAUAGCAGGGAGGAGGAGGAGAAUGGCGAGGGGUUGGAUCGUCAGCGGCAGAUCGAAGGAGAGAGGAGCCGCGACCGGGACGACGAUAGGGAGUCUAAACGCCGGAGAAGGCACCGAUUGGAGAAGGGGGAUAGGGGAACCGGUAGUCCGGAUAAGAGCCAUGAUGUCGGUGAUAGAAAUGAUUUUCCGGAUCGCAGUCGGCGAAAGAGUCCGGAGAGAGGUUUUGCGCGGUUGAAAGGGAAGGGAGGCGGUGACGGUCGGCGUGAGCUGUCGUUUCAGGCGGAUCCCGCAGCAAAGGCGUCGCAGAAGGCGUCGCAGAAGACGUCGCAGGCGGCGGCUGUCGCACGGCCUGUCGCAGGGCAGGUGGGCGACGCGGGCGACGAUGGCGACGACGAUGCGCACUGGAACGCGCGGUUCGUGGACAUCGAUGCGAUCGAGGUCGCCUUCGAGGCGCCACGGAGCCCGCUGUUCGAGGAUCUCGAGGCGCCUGAAGACCUAGAGCGGUUCGGGGAAGGUGGGGUAUUAACCACGGAGGCUUUAAUAGGGACGUAUGAGGACAAACAGGAGAAGCCGGGGGUUUCGCGGCGGGAGGAGCGGAGGGAGAAGGGGAGCAGAAAGGCGGCGGAAACGAGGAGUGAGGAGGAGGAGAAAGAAGGGAGGGAGAGAAGGGAUGAUCAGGAGGAAGUGGGACAGAGGGGGGGUGGUGGAGGGAACGAUGUUGUUGUGAGUGUUAAAGAGAGGAGGCAUGGAGUGGAAAGGAGUGGCCGGGUCGGAAGAGCAAGGCAGGGAGGCAAGGGGGCGGAUGACGCCGGUGACGAGGAGUUGAAUCCGGUGAGGAGAAGGGAGGAAACGGUGGAAGGGAGGGAAGGGAAGGGAGGAGAUGAGGAGGAGGACGAGGAGGAGGAAGAUGAGGAGGAAGUUGAGGGUGGGUCAGCAUUGCAUGGUAACCGGGAGAAGGGGAGGAACAGGGAGAGGGAGAGAAGGGGACGAGAGCGAGAGAGGGAGAGAGGAAGGGACAGGGAGCGUGACAGAGAUGGGGAGAGGGACAGGGGGAAAGCACGGGAGGAAGGGGUAAGAGGAAAGGAGAGGAGGAGGAGGGAUGCAGAAGAGGAAUGGCAGGGUGACUAUAGGCGUGGUGAUUAUGGCGGGGAAGGGGAGCGUAGGGAGUGGAGGCAUGGGAAACGAGGAGGCAGACGAGCAGACUCGCCUGGGCUGUCGUCUUCGUCAGAGCACGAGCAGCGGGACGUGGGGAAGGAGAGAGGCAAGGGGCAGAAGGGGCGUCAGCAGCGGCACAAGGAGGAAGACGAGGGUAGUCCUGUGUCAGGUCCCAGGAGCAGUGGAAAGGGUGUCAAGGCGGGCGGACGGGAAGGCAGCAAGCGGGGGCAGGGUGGGGAGGGCGAGGGGAAGGUUGAGGCUCCCGUUGCUCGCGAGGCAAGGCAGGGACGCACGUUUGAGGCGCCUGCAAGAGAGAGCGAGGGGCGGGCACAGGCGGAGGCAGCGGGGAGGGAGGGGGCGACGGGAGGCGAAAGGGAUGAGGCGAAAGAGGGGCUGAAACUAGUGGGGACAGGGAAGGGUGGUGCUGCUGCUGCUGCUUGUGCAGCUGCUGCCGCUGCUGCUGGUGCUGCUGGUGACGCUGGUUUUGUGGGUUCAAAGCUGCUUAUAAAGGGAAGGGAAAGGGCAGAGGUGGGUGAUGGAAGCGGAAAGAGGGGGACAGCGAGCGCGAAGGGAGGAAAGGGAGAAGAGGGCGAGAAGGGGGAGAAGGGGGAGAAGGGUGAGAAGGGGGAAAGGGAGGGGUCGAUUGGAGAAGGAGGGCUUUGGCAGCAGCAGUUGAAGAAUGAGAAAGGAGGGGAGAGAGGGGCAAGAGGUCGUAGGAGAGAGAGAGAGGAGAGAGGGAGAAGAGAGGGAGGUGAAGGGCUGGAAGGGGAAGAGGGUGAGGAGGAGUGGGGAGCGGAUGGGCGGGAGGGUGGGGGGAAAUGGGACAAAGAGGCAGAGGAGGAUGAGGAGCAAUGGAAGAGGAAGCGGAGGAGGAGGAGGAGGAGAGAGGGUUUUGGGGAGGAUGAGGGAGAGAGGAGAACGAGGAAAGGAGUAGGUAUUGGGGAGGAGGAGGAUGAAGAGGAGAGGGGGGAAGAGGGGAGAGAAACGGAUGAAGAGGGGGGGGAAAGGGAGGGAGAAGGGGAGGACGAAGGGUAUGGGCGUGGGGGGAGGGGGCAUGGGGGGAGGGGGGGAAGGAGGGUUGAAAGGCAGGAGAGCGGUCGAACUUUUGGUGCUGGAAGAAAGGCGGAGAGAGGGGAAAGAGGGGAGAGGGGGGAGAGGGUGGAGAGGGGAGAGAGAGGGGAAAGGGUGGAAGGAGUGGAGAGGGGGGGAAGAGGGGAGAGGAUGGAAAGGGGGGGAAGAGGCGAGAGGGGCGAGAGGGGUGACAGAGGGGAGAGAGGGGAAAGGGAGGCCAGAUGGUGGUCGGGUCGGGAGGGACGAUUGCGAAGGGAUGGGGAGAGGGAGAGGGAGAGAGAGUGGGAGAGGGAUCGUGAUUGGGACCGGGAGCGAGAGUGGGAGAGGGAGAGGGAGGGUGAGUGGGGAAGGCGGGAGUGGGAGAGGAGGGAGAGGGAGAGAGGAGAGAGGGACAGGGAUAGGGAGAGGGAAAGAGAGUGGGAAGGGGGAAGGGAGAGAGAGAGAGGGGGGAUGUAUCAGGAUGAGUAUGGAGGGGAGAGAAUGGGGAGGGCGAAAAGAGAGGGGUCAGUCAUGGGUUCUAGUGUGGCAGGGGAGGGUGCAGUGGUAGACGAGGCUAGGAGGGGCAGGGAGCGAGAACGGGAGAGGGAGAGGGGGCGAGAUCGGGACAGGGAGAGUCAGAUGGAAGGGGAGAAAGGAGGCUUUGAUGGGGACAGGGGGAUGGGUGAGGGGCGGAGAGGAGUGGGAGCGGGAGGAGGGGGAGGAGCAGGGGGAGCAGGGGUGGCAGGGGGAGGGGAAGGAGGGGGGGGAGGAGGGGAAGGAGGAGGAGGGGGAGGGGAGUGGCAAGGGCGGUCUGAUAUGGCUCCUGGGCUAAGGAGAGGACGGGAAGGGGGAGGAGGAGGAGGAGGAGGAGGACGGGAUGGGGGAGGAGGAGGAGUGGGACGAGAAGGGGGAGGAGGAGGAGGGGGAGGCGGGGCUGACGCGUCCACCGACCCUUCCCUCCCCCCUCCCCCGCCCCUCCGCCCUGGUAUAGACGCACCCUCUGUUCUCCCUGCUCCGCCGAACCUACCCGCAGGUCCGGGAAUGCCUUUUCCUGGUGGGCUGGGUUCAGGGGCGGGGGUUCCGCCCUUCCCUGGGGGCGGGGGGAUGAUGGGCGCGCCCUUCCCCCCGCACCUGGGGGCUGGGGGACCCAGGGGCGCGGGCGGAGGGGGGUCCCCAGGGGCAGGCGCGCACAUGCGCGAAUUAGGGUUUGGGCGAGUGGGGCCUGGGCCGGGGUUCAAACCAGGGGCGGGGGGAGGCGUGGGGGGAGGGGGGGGGGGGAGGCAUGGGGAAGGGGCCGGGGGAUGGAAUAGCAGCAGGGGAGAGGGGGAGGGGGCAUGGGAGGCGCAGGGGGCGGGGGCCCUGGGGGAGGGGGGACUGGGGGAGGGGGAACUGGGGAGAGUGGCAGUGCCGGGGGGGGAGGAGCAGAGUCCGGAGGAGCAGGGAGCGGGGCUGGAGGUGGGGGAGGGAAAGAGGGAGAAGCAGGGAAGGGGGAAAGUGGGGCAGGAGGAGCAGGAGCAGGGGGGGCAGGGGGAGGAGAUGGGGGUAGCGCAGGGGGAGGGGGGGGGGGCUGGAUCAGCUGGGGCAGGGCAAGGCGUGGCAGGGAGGGGAGGAGGGGGAAUUUCAGGGGGUAUUUCCCCUGGUGGAGGCAUGGGGGUUGGUGGGGGCCCGGGCAUUGGGGCAAUGGGAGGAAUGGGGGGAAAUUUGACCCCCCACCAGCACCAGCAGCAGCAGCAGCAGAACCAGCAACUGCAACAGAAGAGGCAGGAAAAGGAUUCGGAUGGAAAGGGCAAGGAGGGGGAGGACGGGAAAGAGGAAUCGAAGCAGGAGGGGGAGGAAGGGGGCAAGGGGGAAGUGAAGCGGGGAGUGGGUAAGGGUGAUGAAGGGGUGAAAGGGGCAGUGGUUGAUAAAGCAGUGAAAGAGGAGGGUGCGGAGGAGAGGGAGGGGCAGGAGGUGAAGGAAGAGGAGGAGGAGGAGGAGAGACAGAGCGUUGACUCGGAGCAACGGCAGAAAGAGCAAAAGCAGCAGCAACAGCAGCCGGAACAGCCGUCUCACUCCCCCGCUUCUCUUCCACCUUCUGCCAUCCCUCACAAGCAACCGCCACAUCAGCAGGUGCCUCAUCAGCCACCGCAGACGCCGCAUCAGCAGCAGCCGCCUGCGAACCAGGGCAGAAACCGUGCUCCAGGUGUGCUGCCACACCACCACCCCAUGCCUGGGCCAGGCAUGGGCGGUAGGUUCGGCGCCCACCCGGGCAUGCCCGGACCUGGAGGUAGAGGUCCGGGAGGCGGCAUGGGAGGGCGGGGACCGAUCUUUCCUCCUGGGGGCAUGUGGGAUGGAAUGCCAGGUUCGGGAUCCCCGUUCCUGGGAGGUCCGGGAGGCUGGAUGGGAGGUCCGGGAGGAGUAAGAGGCCCGGGCGGCCCUGGGUUUGGGCCGAACCUGAUGGGUCCGGGAGGAGGGGGAGGCAUGCCUGGGGGAGGAAGGGGCCUCAGAGAUAUGGGAGGGGUGGGGCAAUUUGGAGGGCCUAGGGAUAUUCAUAGAGUAGCUAAGUGUUUGCAUGCAGCGGCGAUGGGGAAGGGAGAAGAGGGGGAAGUGGUAACAGGUGCGGGAGGAGGAGCGGGAGCAGAAGGGGCAGGGGUAGCAGGGGGAGCAGGGGGGCCAGGGACAGCAAGGGGAGCAGGAGCAGCAGGGGCAGGGGCAAUGGGGGGCCCUGCAGGAACGGCACCUUUCCUGGUUUCGUCUGCUGCUGCUGGUGCUGCUGGUGCUGCUGGUGCUGCUGGUUCUGCUGGUGCUGCUGGUGCUAUGGCUGGUGGCGUUGGUGUUGGUGCUGCUGGUGCAACUGGUGCUGGUGCAGUUGCGCGUUUGCUGCCCUCUGCUGCUGCCGUACCAUCCUCUGCUGCAGCAGCCGCUGCUGGGCAUACUGUAGCAGCAGAGGCGGAUGGAGUGGCAGCAAGGCCAGGGGCAGAGGCCGCGAUGUCCCACCUGCCUGCUGUUGAUGCAAAUGCUGCCAGAGCGGUUCAGAUUCGUGUUUGCCAUGGGUCACCAGAGGGAGUGAGUGAUGCGGGAUCAUCCUUUCUAGUCCUCUCUCCUUCCCCCUGUUUCCGCUUCCCUUCUCCACCCCUCUUUUUUCCCCACCCACUUCCCCCAACAUCCCUCCCACCCCUUCCCCUCCCCUCUAUUCUAUGUGUGUAUAUCCUUUCCCGCCUCUCCUCGUCACCCUUGCCUGACCCUUCUCCGUUAUUGCCUCCCUUCCCUCUCUCCAACCCCCACCCCACCCCCCUUCCCUCUGCCAACCCCCCCUCCGCCUCUGCCCAUGCCAACCCCGUCCUCGUCCCCUUGUCAACGCCGUUUGUGAUAAGUCGACUCAAAAAUCGACUUAUCACACCAUGCCAACCCAUCCUCGUCCCCUUCUCAACGCCUGCAGGCAUGUCUGUCUCGUCUUAG